ACAAACCCACGUGGUGAAUCAAAACAUCAUGGCGGCUGGUUUCAAAGUUGCUGAGCCUCUGGAGUACCACAGGAGCUUUCUGAAAGAAAACUGUCGUCCUGAUGGACGGGAGCUGUCAGAGUUCAGAACCACAACACUGAACAUAGGGUCCAUAUCCACAGCAGAUGGCUCAGCCCUGGUGAAGGUUGGAAACACCACAGUCAUCUGUGGCAUCAAAGCGGAGCUGACAAACCCAACAGUGGAGGCACCAGGUAAAGGUUACAUCGUACCCAACGUGGACCUGCCGCCGCUGUGUUCCUCACAGUUUCGGCCCGGUGCACCAGGAGAGCAGGCGCAGGCGGCCAGCCAGUUCAUCGCUGAUGUAAUAGAAAGCUCUGAGGUGAUACAAACAGAGGACUUGUGCAUUGAACGAGGAAAGCUCUGCUGGGUGCUCUACUGUGACAUGAUGUGUCUCGACUACGACGGGAACCUGUUGGAUGCUUGUAUCAUCGCCCUGCUGGCUGCCCUGAAGAACACACAACUCCCAGAGGUCACCAUCAGCACAGAGACGAGUUCACCAGAGGUGAAUUUAGAAAAGAGACGCAGGCUGCAUAUUCACAAACAUCCAGUCGCCGCCUCUUUUUGUGUCUUUGACGACUCCAUACUGAUUGUAGACCCCACAGCUGAGGAGGAGAGUCUGUCUACCGCUCACAUCACUGUGGUGACAGAUGAUGAAGAGCGACUCUGCAUUGUCCAUAAACCAGGUGGGACGCCACUGUCGGGAGAGAAGCUUCAGGAGUGCAUCAACAGAGCGACAGCGAGACAGAGAGAGAUCCAGAAACUCGUUGACAAAGUCGUACACAGUGUGAAGACGGCACAAUAAAGAGCCUCAGACAACACCUUUUUAUCUAAAAGCUGUAUUUUCCACUGUCAAUAUAUAUUCUUUUUUUUUUUUUUUUAUAACAAUAAAACUGCU